GACUCGACUCUCGUCGCCUCACAAACCAAGGUUCUCGCGUGAGGAAAACACCCUUCACAUUUCUCUCCAACAGGUCUUCGACAGUCUUCCAAGGCAUGAACAACAGCACUUCUGACGAGGAAAAGAAGAAGAAGAAGAGAGAAGCGAACAAAAAAUACAACGCGGAGCAAAGAGCCGAUCCGGCCAAGAGUGUCUCAUUGACCGAACGAAAACGGGAAGAGAAACGGCGACAACGUGCUCGCAAAGCAGCACAGAACCCAAUGGAUCGUAGUGCUAGAACUCCCGGUCGACAAGGCCGCAACCUACAGCGACAACAGACCGGUCGUGUUGGGGCUCCAGGAACUCCGUCCAGCCGGGCGCAGCUGCAUGCUGAUUUUAAAUCGAGCUUUGAUAACAUUACGAAUAUGAUGAAUGAUUACUCGGGUCGCUUGUUUGAAUAUUACGCUGGCGCACUCAAUGAAGAGGAAAACGAUGAGAUGUCCGGGGUCGGCCCAGGAGAGGACGUUCCUUUUGAUGAGGACAUUGAGCCACAACCAGAUGAGGAGGACAUUGAUCCUGAUUCCAUGGAUGAAGAAGAGGAAGAGACGUCAGCAACGGCAGGCGAUGAUACCGCCAACAACUUGAACGAGGCUCGUGCGAGCUACACGCAUCAAGGUGCGACUGGUGCGAACUACGCGCCUCCUGGUGCGACUGGUGUGAACCAGCAGCCGACAACGGCUGGAUUUGGCAGUGGCCAUGCACGUCGUGACCAAUAUCCGCUCGGCUGGGACAGUCCGGAUGGCGUUAACAAGGGUGGCGCCCAGUCCUUUUCACCACCCACCCGGGAAAUGUUCGACGCUCCCAUUGAGCAGCCGAAUAGCUUUGGUGGUCCUAACCACUCUCAGGGUCAGGGAAACUUCGGUGGUCGUAACCAUGGCCAGCGAGCCAGCAAGAAAAAAGCGCCAAUGUCGUUCCCGGGGCCCCAAGGUACCCAAAACACGGCAUCCUUUGCUUAUGGCCAGCAGGGAGCGAAUACAUCCAGCAUGUUUCCUCCUUUUGGUGGUCCCAGCCGCGGCCCGGCACAGCCCUCCCAGCCAAAGUUUGCGUUUGGUGCCGCUACGCCCGACAAGGGGGGGGCUGCUGGAGGCGCGCCUCGCUAUUCCUUGGAUGACUCCCUCUAAACAUUCAAUGAACCGGAGACGCCAUUGGACAGCUCCCACUAAAUCAAAGUGAACCAUUUACACCGGAGACGCCACUGGAGGCGACAGCUCCCACAACCUUUUACGCCCCCGGAGGCGAAUCAAGGCAUUCCCGGAUGCUAAUUCAUCAUCUAUAUAUUGGCCUUUUUCUGACACCUCAAGCAAUGGUGCAGUUUCAUUGAAGACAUUG